AUGAAGCUGUUUCAUUAUUUGAUGCUCGGCGCUGCCAUGGUCGAAGCUACCGGUGAGACAACAGCUGCUGGCGAAACUACGGAAGGUGGUAACACUGGCCAGUGGGCUGGAAAAUGGGCCCGAGGAAAGAAAAAGAAGGCAAAGGCACUCGCUGCCAACAAUCCUACAACUACAACAACCAGCACCACAUCUACGACUACCACGACUUCGACCACUACCACCACAACAUCAACAACAACCACUUCCACGACGACAACAACCACAACAACCACUCCAACAACAACCACAACCACUCCAACUACCACUUCAACCACUACCACCUCAACCGAAGCUCCCACCGAUCCCCCAACCGAGGCGCCAACUGCACCACCAACAGAAGCUCCCACCACUGGCGUCCCAGUCGACAUCGCCUGCACUCUCAAGAAGGGAAAAGCCCUCGGCUGCGCUAACUUCAACUUGGCUACUGGUGAUGCCCUUGCACAGCAGCUCAUGGCUCUCGGCGAAAAAGGACGAGCUGGAGUUACCUCCGCCGAUUUGAGCUACAACCCACGAUUGGACGUGGCGACUAUCCAGCAGAUCCUUGCCUACCUUCCAAACCUCAAGGCUGUCAACCUUGCUGGACUCGGCAUGAGCCAGAUGCACCCCGAUCUUUUCAAAAACAACCCAAGCUUGAAGAACAUCAACGUCUCCAACAACAACAUCGUCUGCGCCCGAGGCGUCUUCUCCCACCUCAAGCCCAAGAAGAUCAACUACGGCGGAAACCCUGCCCUCCAGAAGAUCACCGGCCGAUCCAAGGCCAAGAAGGGCAAGGCUCUCCAGGAUAUUGAGACCUUUAACUCUAUCCCAAAGGAUCACUGUAUUUAUGUCUGA